AUGAUGGACGCCGUCUUCUUUCUGAGUGAAGUAGAGCGUGCCAACUUUCUCCGAUAUUUCAUGCAGACUUUUGGCAGCACUUACAUUUGUCUUUGGUCAUAUCUACCUCAACCAUCUAACUAUUUAUUUUUCUGGGAUGGAUAUUACCUUGAAGAAAACAAUCAACCCAGUUCUUCUUCAGGAAGUGUUGCUAGGGUACUUUUCGAUCAAUAUCGGCGAGAACGAUUCUUUACUGUAAAUGACCGUGUUCCUGGGAUCGCUUUCAAAAAUAAUAUUCCCUGCAUAGAACUGAAGGAAUUUGAGCUUCAAAGAUCGGCAUCUACUGAUGCACAGAGGCAAUUCUAUCAGGAAGCAAGGAUUAAGACAGCAGUCUUCAUGGGGUGCAAGAGUGGGGAAAUUGAGCUAGGCUGGUCCAAUGCAACUCACCAAUUUAACAUAGAAAAUCAAAUGAGGAAUUGGUUCCCGGAGGAUUUCUCUCGGCAAUCUCCACUAAGGGAACUUUCCCAAGCAGUUGAUCCAAACAAACCCUCAUCAUCUUCAUCGUCGCUUAGAUCGCUAUCCAUGGAUAGCCCAGAGAUCUCUUCUCUUAUGUUCACUAUUCCAAGCUCAUCUCACAUACCAGAAGCACAACGAGAGGCUCCCUCAUUAGUGCCACCGAUAUUACCAAGCGCAAGCAAUCCACUCCAACAUGCAUUGCAAUUGUUGCAACCACUGCCGAGUCCAACCUGUAAUCUUCUGCAACAAUUCUUUCAGUCUUUGCAGCAAAAACCAAGCUCAACUAGUCCACAGCAGCAAGCAAUUCAAUCUUCACAGUCAAUACCAAGCACUACUGGUCUACUUCAAGAAGUCAUGCAGCCUUUGCAAGCAAUAGAAAGCAUCAGUAGCCCACACCAACAAGCCAUGCAAGCGUUUGCCCUAGAACGUAACAUUCAGUUGCCUACUCGAGAGAGUGAAGAUGCUGUAAUGACUAGAGCCAUCCUUGCAGUUUUAACUUCUUCUUCCUCUUCUUCUUCUUCUUCUUCUUCUUCUUCACACAGUUUACCACAUAUGUACCGGGUAAGCCAGGGAGCUAGUGCUUUCAAGAAUUAUAGAUCUGCUCUAGCCCCCACAACACAAACAACAGCCAGUUUACACAGGCAAAGUAUGCUUAAACGAGUAAUUAUCUAUUACAGAAGCUUAUAUAUUGCAAGACGUGAGCAUAUUCUCGCAGGCCGCCCGACAAGCAAUCAGUUGCACCAUAUGAUAUCAGAGAGGAAAAGGCGUGAAAAGAUUAAUGAAAGCUUCCAAGCAUUGAGAUCAAUUCUUCCCCCAGAAGCUAAGAAAGAUAAAGCAUCUGUUCUUACUCGAACAAGGGAGUACUUGACCUCUUUGAAGGCUCAAGUUGAGGAACUCAGUCGAAAAAACACGCAAUUAGAAGCACAACUUUCAAAAGCUGCUGUUACACAAGUAAAGGAUUCAUCAAAUGAAAGACUUGAUGUCCGGGUUACACACAUAUCUGAAUCAACAUCUGAACAAAGGAUUAUAGACUUGCAAGUGAGUCUAAGAGGAGAAUGCCCCAUUUUGGAUUCCGUAAUUAUUAGGAUAUUGGAGUUCUUAAAACAAGUUACGAAUGUGAGGUUGAUGUCCAUUGAAGGCAUCACAAAUGCAGCAGAAUCAACUUCUUUUAAUCGAGUGAUCCUGAGACUCAAUAUUGAGGGGAAUGAUUGGGACGAGGCUGCCUUCCAGGAAGCAGUUAGAAGGAGAUCGGUUCGCAAGGAAGGUGGGCGCUGCAUCGAUCAGUGCAUGAUCGAUCUAGUUCAGAUCACAACACUGAGUUGUAGAGGAAGAGUUGGACUUCAAGAACCCUCUCGUGCAGACAAGAGGAAAAAGAUU